UGCUAAGUGAGUACGGACGGGUUGACACGAGUGGAAGUGGUUAAUUUUAAGUUUAUUUGAGGUCAAAAACGUAAAGUUUCACCUCAUAAUUUAAAUCAUGAACUGUGCUUUAGUUCUUGUGACAUUUGUGUUAGCCAAUGUAAGAGCCCUAAGUGUGGAUAAUGAAUUGGUCAACGCCCGAAAUGAUUGUUUCGAGCGAAUCGCAUUGGAAGCAAUGCUGCCAUUCGAGAAGACCUUUCGCACCGAAGACACAAACUCAUUGAUGUCAUGCAAAGAGAUGUGCAUCAGAGCCGGCGAUAAUUGUCAGGCGAUUUCCUUUGGUGUCCAUCGACGUGGAAAUGGCACCUGUCAGCUGUCAUCGGAGAAAAUCGAUUCGACUGGAUCACGCCCACCCGGAACAAUUUUCGAUCCUGAUUUUGAUCUUUAUUCACGAAAGACAAACUGUUUCGAUUUGCAUGAUAAUACAAUACCAAUGCAAGCAGAUCCAUAUAAUCAGCAACAGGAUCAUGGUCCAAGUAGACCGUCUACAGUUGCAGGAUCACCAAUUUUAAUUGUCAACUCAUCACCAUCAACGCCAGAUGGUACAAUUCACAUUGAUAGUGAUCGUUAUCCACCUCCUCCAAGUCCAACUGAUAUUUACAGUACAAAUUUCCCACCUCCUGUGGACAAUUCGGGAUAUCAUUCUACAAAAGGUCCUUCGAACAGUUAUGGCGACCAAAAUGGAGACAAAUGGACCACAGCAGGAGGAGGAAAUGGUGAUCGAAUAUAUUUCUCACAUGACGUUUAUCCAUUGUAUCAGUAUCCAAUGCUAUACGAGCAGAAUUAUCCAUCUCCGAAUCAGGAAGUUUAUUAUCCUGGAGGAUAUGCACAAAAUUCUCCGAAUCUGGCAGAUCGAUAUAAACCAAGCUAUCCAAGUGCAGAUGAUCAACAGCAUCAUGAUCAUCCUCGGCCAAUAUUUGGCUUGGGCUAUGGCAAUGGUUACAGUUAUGGGAAACCGGUCAAAUAUGAUACCGGUUCUCGUCCGACAACUCAGGGCUCAACCGUUUUCUCUCAUCUUCCAGACAAUAAGCCGGUACCUCCAAGUGAAUCCGGGUACACAAGACCAGUUCCGUCAAGUGAUUCAAGUUACUCAAGGCCAAUUUCAUCCAGUGAUACCAGCUACACAAGACCAAUGCAAUCAAGUGACUCGGGUUACACAAGACCAAUGCAGCCUGGUGGCACAAGACCUGACAAUGAUCAGACAACUUCUUCAUAUUUUUUACCAAGGCCAGGAAAUGGCGGUGGUUCAGUGGGAACUACGAGUUCUGAUACAAUCAAACCUAGCAACGGUCUUGAUUAUACUAAUAGACCUGAUCCGGCUUAUGGAAGUACACAACAAUCAACGCAAAGUAAUGGAGGUUAUGGACAACCUAGUGGACCAGUUAGGCCACCUAAAAAAGAUACUCCUAGACCAGGAUAUGGAUAUGUUUCGCAAGGACAACAAACUCAAUCUAAUGGCAUCACAGUAGUUCAAAACCAUUCUUCUGGUCAAGGAUACAAUGAUGAUAAAAUGAUAGCGACGUUUUUUAACCCUGAUGACUAUGGACAAGGAAAUAGAAAAAUGGGUCAGGCAAGUCCGUAUCCUAGCAAUCCAUCAAAAGCUUGUUUUCGACGUGUGCUCGCUGGAAAGCGCGUUGCUCCGCAUUGGGUGAGACGAACCAUAGCGUGUGAACGAGUCGAAGAUUGUAUGCGAGAGUGUGGCCAUGAAAAACGAUUUAUGUGUGAAGGUUUCAACUAUCGCUUGGAUCCUUCUGGUCAUGGUCAGGGUGAUUGUGAGUUGAUUGAGGUGCCUUUGGCCCAAAUGGAUUUGUAUUCCAGCCCACACCAAAGAGAUUCAAAUUUGCUAAGACAUCCCGAUUAUGAUUACUAUGAGAGAGAUCGCAAUGCACCGUCGAGUUGUCGGAAGAAUCCUUGCCGAGAUUGUCCGAUUCCACCAUCGGAUGGUCAUUCGACAUACUUUAAACCGAGUGGAUAUGAAAAACCUUAUUCCGAAGAGCAUUACAUUCCACCGAGUAGUAGUGGAAGCAGUGGUUAUGGUGGAGAUCAUUAUAAUCGACCGAGUGACACAUCAGUUGACAGAUAUCGACCACCACCACCUCAACAUCCUCCAUCAUCAUCUUCAUCACAUGCAUAUGAAUCAUCCCACCAUGAUGAUUAUCACAGUUUUGAGUUUUCCUCACAUGGUUACUAUGAACCAUCAGCGCCAAGCAGUUAUGGCGGUGAUAUAAUCGAUCGAUAUGACGGUGUACGGCCGGAUGACAGAUAUAGGCCACAUCGACCAAGCCGACCAAGUCGUUGGGAGGCGAUACCAUCUGGACAUGGUAGUGGAUCAAGUUAUGAAGAUUAUCCCCCGCCAGCAGAUCACACACGAGGAUCUGAUCGUUUUAGACCACCAUACCGGCCUGGACCGGAUUUUUCACCUUAUCGACCACACCACGAAUCACCACCACCGUCAUCCCAUGGUGGUUAUUUGGAUCAUGAUGAUUUGAGCUAUAAGAAACCUCCACCAAAAUUUGUCCCAUACCAGAUUGGAGUAGAAUCAGACUGGGGAUCUUACGGUGGUAGUUAUGGUGGUCAUUCAACUAAUACCAAACAUUCAAGUUAUUGGGGAAUCAAGGAAGAUCACAGACAAAAAGAUCAUCAUAGUGGAUUUAACUACUUUGAAUUGGGUGGAAGUAGGGAACCACCAAGAGAACAUAACUCUGCUUGGAGCUAUCCCGGUUCAAGGUAUGGAGGACCACCUAGAGGAGAUUCGGGAUCGGAUAGGCAUGAUUAUAAAUAUCAGUGGACACGGAGACCUGGACCUGAUGAAUGUUCGGCAAAAACAAGUGAAGGUUUUCGAUUGCAUAAGACUGCUAUUAAACAUGCUGUGACAGUUCCAACGAUAACCGAGUGUGAGCGAUUGUGUUCGAAUCAAAAUGGCUUCAUCUGUCAAACAUACAGUUAUCGGUACACACAAGCUGGCCGUGAUAACUGUAUGCUCUGUGAUCGACCUGUGAAUCAUUUAGAUUACUAUGUAGAUAUUGAACCAGAUCGAGAUUAUGACAUUUAUUCAAUGUCAGAUGAUCUAGAUAGUUGUCGGCAUCCACCAACACGAAGUGAUACAACAGCUUUAUCGGACCCCAGAAAUGCACAAUGUUUCUUCCGUGCAAUCGAUGCAACUCGCUUCUUUAAGUCAAUAGUUCGUGAUUCCCUAACCGUUCGAUCAAUUGGCGAAUGUGAACUUGAAUGCAUAAAAUCUAUAAAAUUCACAUGUCGGGCAUUUGCAUUCCGAUAUGGUCCACGAGGUCACAGUGGUGUCAUUGAUAACUGUCAAUUAAGUGAUUGGCCAGUACGUGAUAUGGAUAAACAACGUCAUUUAAUACUUGAUCCUGGUUUUGAUGUAUUCGAACGUGCUAGUUAUGGACAUGGUUGUGAAAUUCAGCCAAUUGUUGAUGAAAAGCACAAAAAAUCAGUAUGUUAUCUUGGAUAUGGAUCACCAGCUAAACUUUUAUCUACAGCCAUUAAAAAAAUUAUAUCAGUUGCAUCAGAAGUGGAAUGUAAAAAAGAAUGUAUUCGUUAUAGAGAGAAUACAUCAUUUAAAUGUUAUUCUUUUAGUUUUGGUUCUCAAGCAACAACAUUCAAUUGUGAAAUGUCAGAUUUGGAUCAAACAGAACUAAAACUAAACAUUCAUUACACUCAUACACCCGAUCGAGAUUACUGGCUAUUCGCAUGGAAUCCAUUCGAUUGGACAUGCCGAGAUAAAGUGAAUACAAUUGGUGGAACUCGAGUUAAUAAUGAUCGACGAAUGGAUAUAUUCCGAGAACCGGGGGAUGUAUCAUGGCGCCAUUACACUGUAUCCGGUAAGCCCUGUCGUGUUAGCAGUCCUUGCGAAAAGAACUUAGUUACUGGUUUUUAUUCUUGCGAAAUUGAAACUGGUGAAAUUGGAUCAUGGGAUUAUUGCUGCAAGGCUGACCACCCCUGUGGAUAUUCUCAGGGGUUUGAUUACCCUUGGUGUUUUGUAGGAGAUGAACCAGAUCAAUGGAGAAAAUGUAGUGAUCGGUAUUAUCCUGGCAACAAGACAACCACAUCACCUCACACACAUUCAGGCAUCACAAUACCACCACAUAAAGAUAAAAAGAAAUCUAGUACAUCAUUUCAGCGUCCACCGCGUCCUGGGGGAUUGCAAAGUUUAAGCGAUUUCACUGCCGCCCGAUUAUGGCCUGUUACCUAUUUAUACAGUGAGGGACCACCAAAUGCGACAGAGUUUAGUAAUUUUGUUGACUGUAAUAAAGAAACUUGUUAGAAACUCGGACGACAUUUUCCAUAAGUGAUAUAUAAAAUGUUUAAAUAAUUAUUUAAGAUUUAGUUAAGAAUAAUUCAUUGCAUAGUAAUAGACACAAA